AGCACGGGUCUGAGUGUGCAGAUUAUCACACGGGCGCGCGGAUCCGAAGGGGUUACAAUGGGGGAUGUGAUGAAGACUAAUUAGCGCCUUCCUCGCCGAUGUUGCUGGAAGACACCAUGAAAUAUGUCUCUCCUGAGAAAGAUUAACCGAGUCCUGCUGACUCUGGUGGUCCUGAUGGUGGUUCUCCUUCUACGCAGGACGCUGUUCGGGGUGCCGCCCCGACCCAAACUCACCGAUCAUAUGAAGGACCCUGGGAUCGCUCACCAUGACGUCUCCGAGACCACCCCGGAGCCGGACGAAGACAUCCCAGUCAUCAUCUGCGCAUCGGAGGAGCACAUGGGCGGAGCCAUGGCCGCCAUCAACAGUGUCUACAGCAACACGGACGCCAGUGUGUUCUUCUACAUUGUCACGCUUCAAGAUGCCGUCAAGCAGACUCGGCAGUAUAUAGAGCAAACCAGGCUGAGGGAAAUCAAGUACAAGAUUGUUGAAUUCAACCCCAUGGUCCUGAGGGGGAAAGUCAAACCUGCUUCAGCCCGACCAGACCUGCUUCACCCGCUGAACUUUGUGCGCUUUUACCUGCCCUUGCUUGGCAUCCGUCACAGGAGGGUGAUUUACUUAGACGAUGACGUCAUCGUGCAAGGUGACAUCAGAGAUCUGUACGAUAUCGAGCUGAAGCCGGGUCACGCCGCUGCCUUCGCCACGGACUGCGACCUUCCCUCCACCCAUGAGAUGGUUCGCAGUGUGGGGAUGCAGACGACCUACAUGGGCUUCCUGGACUAUAGGAAACAGGAAGUGAGGGACCUGGGAAUCAAUCCCAACCAGUGCUCGUUCAACCCCGGCGUAUUCGUGGCCGACGUGAACGAGUGGAAGAAACAGAAGAUUACCAAACAGCUGGAGAAAUGGAUGGAGGACAACUUCAGGCGGAAUAUAUAUGGCAGUGCCUUGGCAGGGGGCGUGGCUACUCCCCCUAUGCUAAUAGUGUUUCAUGACAAAUACACAACAAUAGACCCGCUGUGGCACGUCAGACACCUAGGUUGGGGUCCGGACGCACACUAUUCCGACAGCUUCCUUGAGGGGGCGCACCUGCUGCACUGGAACGGUCGCUUCAAACCGUGGCUUUACCCAGGCGUCCACCUGGACCUGUGGGAGAAGUGGUUCAUCCCAGACCCCACUGGAAAGUUUGCUUUGGUUCGACCCAAGAGAGAACGCCAUUGACUGGACCGUACCAUGUCUGAGGCAUGUCCCAUUUGGGGAACUACUGGACAAUGUGUG